UAUAAGUUUCCACACAAAGAAAAAAUAAGUUUCCAUUGACACAAACAAAUUAUUUUUGAGUUCUUAAAGAGUGUACAAAUAAUUAUUAAUUAUUAUUUAUUGUACUAUUUUUUUUUUCUCUUCUGGAAAAAUGAUUUUCAAACUGCUGAUCUUAUUACUUAACACCGGAAUAUUGGUACAUUCCGAUUCAAUUGAAACCGGCGUUAAACCAUUUAAUGAAUCCGCUAAUAUGGUUUACGGAUGGAAUUUAGAAAUUUCUAAAGAGAGGUGGCGGGGUGUAUGUUUCGGUACAUUCAUCGCACCGCAAGUAUACAUCACUGAUCCUGUAUGUCUUGAAAGUAUCAAUCAUGUGGAUGAAAAUAGUAUAAUUAUUAUCAGCAAAGGAUACCGCGGUAAUAAAACUAGAGAUGAUAUAAGUGUCCAUUUCAUGAACAUAUUCUACAGUGAAGACCUAGAUAGAACUUUCAAUCGUAAUAAACGUAAAAUAGCAGUAGUUAUAAUUGAUGAACCAGUUAGACCCGAACAAGAUAAAAAUGGAUACGUAAAAAUAAAUUCAAAUCUUAAUGAUAUUGAUACAAAAAAGUGUUACGUACCGCAUUAUAAUAAUUGGGAUACGACACGUUUUACUUACUGUGAUCAUGUAUUAUUCGAUAAUCAUUAUGGAAAUCCUGUCAAUAUUUAUUGUGUCAGCUCCGAGAAUGUUGAUAAACUCGGAAGUGGUUUGUUUUGUGCCUUGAAAACAAAUCCUGAUGUCAAUGUUUUAGUUGGAAUUAUAGUUGGGCCCAACAAUGGCAUCAAACUCUGGAAUGACCCGAAUCGGUUCAUCGCAACUGUUGAAAAUCUUAGUGGAUUAUAUGAUCCUAUAAUGGAUAUUGCAAAUAUAUUUGCAAGGGUAUUGCGGAAAUAUAAAACCUCAUACUUCAAAUAAUUCAAAAUAAUUACCUACUAUAUCGAUGAAAUAAAAAUUAUUUAAAAUUGGU